AUGGAACAUACUAAUUUGCUAUAUGACCUCGACCCGAUGUGUGGAUCACAACAAAGCGCUUUAGCAGCGCUUCGACUGCUGAGAAGUUACAAUCAGUUCGUAGUACCGCCUGAUGGACGCGGUGUGGUACCUCUGUUGGGGACCAUACCUGCGCCGUGUUUACCAUCGUACUGCCAGCAUCUACCGUUAUGCUCACCAAUAUCAACGUCAAAUGUGUCCUCAACGUUAUGUGACAUGGAGUCACGGAGACGAGGUGAAAAGAGGCCGAUACCAGCCGAACUCAAGGACGAGAAGUAUUUCGAGAGACGCAGGCGGAACAACCAAGCCGCUAAGAAGUCCAGGGACGCUAGACGGAUGAGAGAGGACCAGGUUAAUGACUCUUAUAUAAACAAUAACAUUAAAAGUAACCGAAGUAAAAUAGCGUGGCGUGCCUGCCUGCUCGAACAAGAAAACGCCUCAUUAAGGGCUCACAUAAAUGCGUUAAGACAAGAAACGAUCACUCUGCGAGCGUUACUCGCGGCCAGGGAUGAAACGACAGUGCCUUCAUCGACUACCAAAGAUUAA